AAUAUGCUCUUUGAGUGCAACUGUUGAUCAGGUUCCUGAAAAUGAAACCAAAGUCGCAACUUCAAUUCCAAGAAAACGAAAUUCCAAGAAGGAAGGUCAAUUGAAUAUCAAGCAAUAUUGCAUAUCAAAAUUCAUGCACCAAUUCACAAUUCCUUAUGAAAAUGUACAAUCUCAGAUUGUGUAGAAUAGGCGUUAUAGUCAUCUUCUAAGAUGAUAGAAGCUACAGUUUACCAAAACACAAAGGAACAAAUGUUUCUGUGUUUCCUAAAAACAUACAUUUCUAGGCGUAGAGAUGCUUCAUGCAAACCUGCAUGCUUCGCUUAGUCUUAGACCAAAUACUUGGGCAAAAAUUUAAAUUCACGAUAUUUAAGAAUUUAAUUCAUCAAACUGAAAGUGAAAGUGCGCCUGUAUUGGGUCGUAUAACGUGAACCACCAACUGUUUUGUUUGUGAAAUAAAUAAUAAGCUGUACAUUCAUCAUGGCUUGCUACAAUCUAUUGCGAGGUGAUUCCGACAAUCCUUUAUUUGAUGUUACAUUUGAUUUUUAUUCCCCGAGACCUCACUUCAUUAUUUUAACCAAAGCUGGCGUUCCUAUGAAACAUGAGUUUGGUCUCAUCUCAAGCGAACAGAUACAACAACUCAUCAAAGCUGGGAAUUCUGUAUUGGAAAUCUUUAAGAUAGCUGGAGGUACUCUAUCAAUACAUCGCGGAGCUUGGAGGAGCGAAGCAAAUAAGGUCCACGUUCAUUUUCCCGUUGAUCUUGAAAGUUAUUUACGAGUUUUUGAAAGCCUGAAAGGAGAUAUCCCCAACUGGCCGAGCAAGAAAUAUGUUACAAAAGAAUGGAAGAAGAGUAAAAAUCCUCGUUCAUAUGUUGAGAAUGUGCGUGGUUAUCCCUACCGUUGUUAUCUUGCUGAUGAUGUGAAGAGCGUUACAGCAAUUUUAUCUUGUGAACAAGACGUUGCCCUCGCUGAGUUGCCUCUUGAAGGCGGUAUCAAAAAGAUAGUGUACCAUUCGAGCCAUCCAAAGAUUGGCUUCGUUGGCAAAAAACCUGCCUCGAUUGAAGAGUUUCAACAAGUGCUUUCCGCGAUGGAGAAUAUCGCUAAAGAUCUCCGUUUGACAGACAUGAAAUCUAAAAACGCCGAGAAACACGGCUGCCAUGUUUGUUUGUACUUGGGUUCAGUUAGCAGUGCUGGCUGGAAUGGGCUCACCAAAGAAGAUGAUGAAGAUGUUGUAGGUCAUAUCGUGAUGUCAGGAUUUCGUUUCUAUCAACUGUGCCCUGUGGAACUUCGGGAGAACUGGUUUCACGCCUAUGAGCAGUCAGGAUUUCAGUGUCUAACGUGAUAGAUGAGCGAGAAAUUCUUUAAUAAUAAAUUCUGAUAUGAAUAAUGAUACUAAAUAUACCCUUUUCACUUUGUAUUGUACAGAUUUUAUACAUUUAAUUCAUGAAGAAAGACUAAAAUCUCUGCAGUAAAAUCUUUUUCUCUGUGUAAAUUACAAUAGUUAUACAUGCAUACAUCUUAAAGCGAUAAUUGUUGAAUUACA